UUGCCUCUAUCACUACUGACGGCAGCCCAAAACAAACCUAUGCUUGUAGAGUUGAAAAAUGGCGAAACAUUCAACGGUCAUCUCGUCAAUUGCGAUAAUUUCAUGAACAUAACACUACGGGAGGUGUACCAAACGAGCGCAGACGGCGAUAGAUUCUGGAAGUUGAAGGAGUGUUAUAUUCGCGGCAGCACCAUAAAAUACCUGCGUGUACCAGACACAUUGUUAGAUACUGUAAAAGAGGAGCAAACCCGAGCACGAGAAGCUGGUCGAAAUGCGCGGGGA